UUUCGUCCCGCAUGUGCUCUUUAAAAUUCUACCUGUCAAAUUGCGUGGCCCUCCAGCUCUCUCCCACAAACAUCAGCAGGAGCUGGCACCGUAUCCCGUUCACUUUGAUUUCAACCAAAGUGGAUAAAUUUCAUCAGUUCAUUAGCUCCUGUUUAUCUCCGAAAUCUAUCUCAAAAUGACGACACCAAGCUGGGAGGCAAAGGAACAGCUUAUCACUCGCAAUCUGCAGGAAGUGCUCGGUCAGGAAACCAUGCGAACCAUCCUGCAGGAACGGGAUCUGAACAUAUACUGGGGUACUGCCACGACUGGUAAGCCGCACAUCGCUUACUUCGUACCCAUGUCCAAGAUUGCUGACUUCCUGAAGGCGGGGUGUGAGGUUACGAUUUUGUUUGCCGAUCUGCACGCCUAUCUGGACAAUAUGAAGGCACCCUGGUCGUUGUUGCAGGAGCGCACCAAAUACUACGAGGCGGUCAUAAAAGCUAUGCUCACCUCGCUGGGAGUGCCGCUGGACAAGCUUCGGUUCGUGCGAGGAACGGACUAUCAGCUCUCGAAGGAAUACACUUUGGAUGUUUACAAACUGUCUUCGGUUGUGACACAGCACGAUGCCAAGAAGGCCGGAGCGGAAGUUGUGAAACAGGUCGAACAUCCGCUCAUGUCGGGAAUUCUUUACCCCGGUCUGCAAGCUCUGGAUGAGGAAUAUUUGAAGGUCGAUGCACAAUUUGGAGGUGUCGAUCAGCGAAAAAUUUUCACCUUCGCCGAGAAAUAUUUGCCACAGCUUGGGUACGCUAAACGUAUCCACCUGAUGAAUCCGAUGAUCCCCGGUUUGGCCGGAGGCAAAAUGUCCUCCAGUGAAGAGGAUUCUAAAAUCGACCUGUUGGACAGCGCCGCCAAGGUGAAAUCUAAGAUCAAGAAAGCAUUCUGUGAACCGGGAAAUAUUGAAGAUAACGGUUUGUUGAAGUUUCUGAAGCAUGUCGUUUAUCCGAUGUUCAAAGAGGGUGAAGGAUUCGAAAUCAAACGAAAGGCCGAGUUUGGUGGUGACAAAUGUUUCGAGAAGUACGAAGAUUUGGAGGCUUACUUCGCAUCCCAGGAGCUGCAUCCGGGUGAUUUGAAAGCGGCUGUUGAAAUCUACAUCAAUCGAUUAUUGGAACCCAUUCGUAAGGCAUUCGAUGAUGAUUUUCAUAGGAAGCUCACCGAACGAGCUUACCCCACCGGAGGUGGUGGAAAUAAGAAGGCAGCUGCACAAGCUACCGGUGAUAAUACGCCGGACAAGAUGGAACUUAAGGUUGGUAAAAUCAUGGAGGCGAAUAAACAUCCCGACGCCGAUACGCUUUGCAUCUUGAGUGUGGAUAUAGGCAGCGACACGAAGAAAUCGAUCGUUAGCAAUUUAAUGGCUUACUACGGGUUGGAGGAUCUGAGGGGUCGCACCGUGGUGACACUCACCAACAUGAAAUCAUCCAAAAUAAGGGGCGUGGAAAGUGAAGGUCUUGUGCUGUGCGCCUUCAACCAGGACAAGUACGAACCACUGAUCGUUCCGGAGAGUGCAAAGAUUGGUGAACGGAUUAUCGCGGAAGGAUUUAAUAAUGCUAAAGCCGAGGUUGCUCAAUUGAAUCCAAAAAAGAAGGUCUGGGAAAAAAUCCAAGCAGAACUAAAAACCAACUCGGACGGAGAUGCGUUGUGGAAGGAUUUCUCCCUUCUAACAAUGAAUGGCGAUAAGAUAACCAGUUCACUUAAAGAGUGCAACAUAAAGUGAACACUACAUAUGGAUGUUAAAGUUCGACUAUAUUAGUUUCCGCCCACGCCACUCUAUCAACUGUUACGGACACGAGCUAUUUAGUUUAUUUUGCAUUUACGUUACGUAAUAAAUCUCGACCUGCAAAUAUUCAACGUGAAACCUUGAAUGAAAAUCAA